UACGAGCUGCGCAAAUCCAGAGCAGCUGAUGCUCGUCAGGUGCUCGAUUGAAGUUUUUUCCUACCACGGUUACGGCUUGCUCGUCCCGGAUAAGGAUCGUCCACGGUCGGAGUUGAAUUGGAUUCGAUGACGCUCUGUCCUUGAAGUGGGCGGUCGGACGGAAGGCAAGGAGCUCCCGUGAAAUCUCGCGUUGCCGUCGGUGAACCGUGCGAGUUGUUCGGGUGAGCAGCGAGUGAAUCGUUAUGAUAAAAGCAAUGGUGUCGCUCCCGGUGCGCUCGAACGACAGUAAAUUAGGACACGAGCGCUCCUUCUGAAUGAAAAGUGACUCUCGGUGACUCGGUGAUCGGUGCACGAUGUGGAUGUUGUCAACAAUAGUGUUUCUUGCUUCCCUGCCCGACUGGUCGGAGUCUUACAUAAGAGUAUACAGCGGCAACUCGAACGAGAGCUUGCUCACGAUCGAGGAGAGAACAAGCAUCACGUACAGCACUCCUCCCGACGAUGGAGCGUUGGGUCGACUGGUCAUCGCGGCGCCCGUCAACGCCUGUACGACGAUACCGAAUGUACCGUACCCGAGCAACGAUAGUUUUUCGUGGUUCCUGCUGGUGCGCCGCUAUGAUUGCACAUUCUAUGUAAAAUUGACAAACGCGCAACGAGCUGGCUACGCCGGUGUCAUAGUUUACGACAGUGAUGAGGAACAUCUUCUCGCUCGUCCUUUCGGUCUGAGCGACAUCAGCAUAUACGCUGUUCUCAUCUCGAAAAGAGAUGGGAGGACGCUCCAGCAAUUCACCUACGACGAAGGCUACUUGCUAGAAUGGUAUCCAACGACGGAAUUCAACCUGCUCGGAUACAUUAUUCCGUGUAUCAUAAUUGUUUUACUCUGCAUCAUCAUGAUAUCUUCUCUAGUCGUCGCUCAACAUUGUGCCCGUUGGUAUCGGGAACGACGUCGCAACGCUAGGUACAGAUUAGCAAAGAAGUACUUGAAACAGCUGCCCGUGAAAAAGUGGACGAAGGGCUCUCCGGAGUUCGAGAGAUACGAAUCUUGUUCUAUUUGUCUCGAUGAAUAUCAAGAAGGAGAUAAGCUCCGCGUACUACCGUGUUCGCACGCCUACCAUGCGAAGUGUAUCGACCCAUGGCUGACAAAAAAUCGUCGGGUGUGCCCCCUCUGUAAACGCAAAAUCAUACUACCGGGAAUGCCGGAAGACUCCUCCGACGAUGAGACAGCUCCUCUGCUGAGCAAUCAACACGACACGGGCGGCGGGACAUUUCGAAACGAAUCACCGAGACCCGAGCAUACCGAGGUGCAGAUCGAGGACGUUGAGGGUCCUGCUGGAGCGGCUUCCAGCUCGGCAGCCUUCGCCCCUGGAGGUCAUUACUCAUUGAACGAUGAAGUCGAGGUUCUGCCGAGACGCAAAUUGAAGAAAAAGAAACGAUCUCGCAGGCACCGGCCGGAGCCGCUGGACGACGCAACUGUCGCCGGUCCCUCGACAUCGGCGGAACUAUCACCUCAAAAUCAAAUGGUGUGCGUUACCCAAAUGGGGUCCGACGAUGAGCAGCAACUGCUGUGAAGAUGUUCGUUUCCCCCUUCCUUAUUUCGAUCGUGUUCCGUUCCGUUCGAAACGGAAAUUUCCAACUCUCAGGUGAUAUACAAAUAUUAUACAAAAGUUAAGGUGUGCGGUGAACCGUCCGUAAGCUGCGUAGGGCGCCCCAAUGUAUCUGAAUGCCCUGUCGAUCGAAAUGGGAUCGUCUGUCUUGUAGAGUUUCGUUUUUCGAAAAAGAGGAAAAGACCAAUCGUGAAAACAACAACGACUUAACCCGAUUUGAAGUCGAGCGCCUUCCAUCUAAUUAUACCGAGCGUGUCUAUUAUGAGGCUCCCGCCGCAUCGAGGUCCGUACGGAUGAAUUGAUCAAUUCAAUCAAUAGCGUGAGCUGAAGACCGGUGGACGAACCGAUAGCCUUUCAUUGAACCAUCAAUACUACGGUCAUCGAGGGAGAGGAUUUACCCCUUGUUCAAUCUUCCCAGCGACCCUCCUGUUUUCUGAGGGAUUUUCCUGGCUCAUCGAUUCCUUCUCUUUCUUCCUCCCAAUUCCCGCGAUAUGCAUGGAUCAUCUGAGGGAGAGUGAUCAUUCGUCGAGAGAGCAUAUUAGGCUUUAGGAAGACAGAUCGUUGGAAAGAAUACGCCAGUCACGCUGAAGAUGAAGUCAAGCUGUCGAUUGUGAGUGUGCUUCCUUCUCUGAGCUUGUGAUCACCAUUAUAAGGUUCAUUAAUUCAUUAUUGAGGAGCCGCAUCGCGUGUCUUCUCCCCCACGGAGUCACAAGAAUUGUCGAGGUAGACUUCAAAUCAGUGUCCAAAGAGAGGGUGUCAUUGUAAAUAGCUGUGUCGAGAAGAACGCUCUCUCUAUACAUUAUUUUGGACCGAGUAGCUUGCUCGGCGAUUGCGACGGUAGCUGUCGUCGGACACUGGAAAGUCCACGCGAAAUGUUCCUCUGACGACACGGCGUUGAAUCUAUCCACCACAGCAUCACAAUCUCAGUCUAUCUCUGAUUUUUCGAGCUGCUCUGUGAUGAGAGUGGUGCUGACCAUGGUGCGAGUUGAUGGCGACAAGACGAAUUCGAUCCGUUUCCGCGAGAAAAAUAGUACCGAGAAUUCAGUUUGAGCGUCCCGAGCAUCAUCUUUCCGAACAACCGUUAAGUAUAUUAAGCAAUGAUGCGAGAGAAAAUCAGUGAUUAUGUUAAGUGAGCCUCCCAAUUCCGAAAUAAAUGGCCGAGAGUUUCCAGCA